GCGCCCGGCCCAGCGGCGGCCGCCAAGAUGGCGGAGUACGUGCGGGUGCUGAGGCGGGCGCUGCAGCAGCUCGGGGGUCACGGCGGCCUCCGCGGCGUCCUCUGGCAGCUGCUCAGGGUCCAGGAUUUGAAGAUCGGUGCUCUAGUAGGUGUUGACAAAUAUGGAAACAAAUACUAUGAAGACAAAAAGAAUUUUUUUGGUCGACAUAGAUGGGUUCAAUAUACUACUGAAAUGAAUGGCAAAAAUACAUUCUGGGAAAUGGAUGGAAGCAUGGUGCCACCGGAAUGGCAUCGUUGGCUUCACUGCAUAACUGAAGACCCUCCAACUACUCAUCCACCAGCUGCUCGUAAAUUCAUUUGGGAGAACCACAAAUUCAAUCUGAGUGGCACUCCUGGGCAGUAUGUCCCUUUCUCUACAACACGUAAAAAGAUACAGGAGUGGAUCCCACCUACAACCGCUAACAAAUAAUUGAAAAGCCUGACUUGCCUAAAACUAGGUUCUCAAUGAAAACUGUACCUUGAUCGUUUGGUUGGUUUAAAAUAAAAGCCUCUGACAAAAGUAAAA